AUGGCAGAGGAUUCUGAAACGGCGUGUCUAUUCAAGAGGUGUCUAAAUCUGAAGUCUCGUCACGAAUUAAGCAGGAGUGCCACAAAGAAGACAAUUGAGGUUGAUGAGCUAGUAAAAGUUAAAUUUGAGAGGGUGAGCCAUCCUCAUCGACCGCAGGUGCAGGAUUUGAAGCCACCUCUCCAUGAGGAUUUCGAAACAAGGUUAUCAACUAUGAAGAAAAUCAAGGAAGCUCUAAAGGAAAAAGAUACAAGAAUAAUUGGGAUCUGUGGCAUGCCUGGAGUUGGUAAGACGACACUGGUAAGGGAAAUAUGCAGUGAUGACGAAGUUAAGAAAUUAUUUGACGACGUUGCAUUUGCAGUUGUAUCUAAAGAUCCAGACACUAAAAAAAUUCAGGAUCAACUUGCUGAAAUGCUUGGUCUAAAAUUUGACGAAAUUACAAUCAGCGGGAGAGCUGGACGACUUCGUCAUAGACUUCAAAGUGAGGAUCGUAAUGGCAUUCUUGAAAUAUUAGACGAUGUGUGGAAAGAAAUUAAUUUGGAAGAUAUAGGAAUUCCAUCUACACAUGAUCGAUUGAAAAUUAUGUUUACUACGCGAAUUAAAGAUACCUGUAGUGAACUGGGAGCCCAAAAGGAAUUCGAAAUCAAAGUUUUGAAUCGAGGAGAAGGAUGGCAACUUUUCAAGAAUACGACGGGGAUUUCUGAUAAUGAAACUGAUGUCGAACUCAUGAGCAUAGCCAAAACAGUUGUAGACGAAUGUGGAGGUCUACCUCUUGCCCUAGUAAGUGUUGGCAAAGCACUGAAAAGCAACAAGGCUGCACAUAAAUGGAGAGAUACACUUCGACAGCUACAGUCUAGUGCUACCAAUCUUGAAGGAAUGGACAAUAUCGUGUACAAAAAUAUAAGGUUGAGCUACAAGUAUUUGGUAAGUAAUGAAGAGCGGGACUUGCUUUUGCUUUGUUCUCUAUUCGCUGAAGACGAAAGUAUUCCAAUUGAAAAUUUGGUUCAAUAUGCAAGGGGACUAGAUUUGUUUCAACAUACUGAAACACUCUACCAAACUCGAGAUCGAGCAAAGACAAUUGUCGAUAAUCUAAAAGGUUGUUAUUUAUUGCAACCGGAUGAGGAAGACAAGGUGAAAUUGCAUGAUGUUAUCAGAGAUUUUUGCGUACAUAUGGCAUAUGAAGACAAACGCGGAUAUCUGGUGAAACAUGUUGGUUUGAUAGAGUGGCCAGAACAUGAUGCUGAUGAAUCGUACAGCGCCAUCUCAAUUACAUUUGUUAAGCUGGAUCAGCUUCCAAGCGGGUUGAAAUAUCGGAACGUUAAGUUGUUACGGGUGAUAUGUCGCGAGUUGGGAGAAUGUAACAUUUCCGAAGAAUUUUUCAAAGAUAUGAAAGAUAUCAGAGUUCUUGAAUUGAAAGGGAUGUACAUUCAAAUUCCAUCAUCAAUCCAAUUGUUGGCGGGUCUUCAAACUUUGUGCUUGAUUCGCUGUAAAAUACAUUCUCAANCUCUCGAUGAUUAUUCGCCCAUUGAGUUAGAGAAUCUUUGCAACCUAAGGUCACUUGAUUUGAGGUUUCAGGAGUCAUCCUGUCCACUUCAACCUGGUGUUUUGUCGGGUAUGAAGAAACUGGAAGAGCUGUGCUUGGGACGUUACAUUCCAAUAGAAGGUGAAGACGCCAAGGUACUGAAGAAUGUUGUGAGUGAGUUAGAUGAAAAUGGUUUCAUUAACUUGAAGACAUUGUUUCUAUCAAGUGGUGAUUUCGAGUAUCUUAUUGAUGCCACCAACUCUAUUCCAAAUGGCACCUUCGGUAAAUUGGAGUCUCUCAAAUUGGAUGAUUUACCCAAGUUAAUAGAGAUAUGCAAUGGAAAUCUUCCAAGGGGUGUCAUCAAACCUCAAUUGUUCUGUAACCUUGUGAGCGUUGAGAUGUCUUGUUGUAAUGCAAUUACAAGCUUGUUUCGGGAGUCAGUUGCAAACAGCUUGGUAAAUCUCCAAAGUCUAUACAUAGAACAAUGUGAGAUGUUAGAGGAAGUUGUUUCAACGGACGCACAAGAAAAUCAAGUAACCAAAACUUGCAAAAUGCUCGAGUUUCCAAAACCGAAAGAAGUCACCCUGAGCAAUCUGAGUAGAUUUAAGAGCUUCACAUCUCAAUCAAAUAGCGGUGUUGUUCAUCAAACAUUGUUCAAUCAGAAUCAGGUCAACUUUCCUAACAUGGAGGAGUUGCAUGUUAAUGAGUUGGGUUGUAUAGUAAAGCUACUAGACAAGGAAAUGCCAGAAACAUCUCCGCUUAAAUUGAAAGUCGUGUGGGUGUCGGAAUGUGUUGAAUUGUUGACCAUUGCAGAAUCUGAUUCAAUUCAGUUAUUGCAAAAUCUUGAAGAUCUUUAUGUGUGGGAAUGUAAUGCAGUUGUCGUAUUGUUUGACUUUGAGGGUAUAAAGGUCACUAAUGAUGAUAGGCUUGGUCGAUUAACAACAUUGUGGCUGGAGUCACUACCAAAAUUGGUGCACAUUACAAUGAUGAUUCCAAAAGGAAUCCGUGUCUUCCAAAAUUUGGAAGAACUUGUUGUUGAAGCUUGUGAGAGCUUAAGAUACUUAUUCUCGCCUUCAAUAGCCAAUUCUCUUGUGGCUCUGAACAUUCUAGAGGUUUCAAAUUGUAAAUCAAUUGAAGAGAUAAUUGGAAAGGAAGAAGAAGAAGGCACUUCAGAGAAUAAAAUAGGUGAAGGAAUGAAAACCAUAAUUGAGUUCCCUAAUAUGAAACGUCUACGACUCGAGGAUCUUUCAAGUAUUCAAAUGUUUUGCUCUCAAAACUAUGAACUUGCAUUCCCUUCAUUAGAGGACUUGACCAUUGAACAGUGCCCUACGAUGAAAAAAUUGAGUCCACGGCCACCAAGUGCACCAAAGCGUAGUAAACAUACAAGAGAACGUUACAAAUUUCUUGAUAUUUCCAAUUUGUUGGAUGAGUCAGGUAUGUGA